GGGGGCGAGUGUGAGUGGAAAAGCGGACAGAUAAACAGCCUGUCCUUAUGUGCACGCAAAACUCGGAGUUAUUAAGACCAAGCGCACACGUUUGUGUUUAUAAUUCGUUGUAUUUAACCGGAUAAAUCGCUCCUUUCUCUGGCCCCGGUGUUGUCUGCUGCUGCUGUGCUGAUCCAUUACAAUGCAGCUCGAGCUGAACGCACUGCACUGAGCUGAGACCUUCUGAUCUUAUCUCUUAUUCCUGAAUUAAACAAACACAAGGACCGGGUUUUAUUCAGUGUAACAAGCAGCCAGGCUGUCAGCUGUUUCCUCAUCGUCUCAAUGGAGAGCUGCGGUCGGGAUUCUCCUGGGAACUGGAAUAGGACAUAAACGAUCCUGUGGGGUUUUUAUAUCAUCUCCAAAUAAAAGUCGACGCAAAUCUCAGAUCGAGCCAGAAGUCUUGCUAUGGAUUUCAGCAAACUGGCAGCUUUGUGGAUCAUCUGUUUAUGCUUGCUCUGGGACUGCCGAGCCGACAAGCUCAAUCAAGCCAGUACAGAGCCCCAACUACUUGACAAUGAACUGUGCCGCAUCGAUGAGCCCCUGUGCCAAGACGAAAACGCUAUCCUCAGUUUCGAGGCCAUCCGGAGCAUUCACAAGCAGAUGGACGACGACGCUAACGGGAACGUAGACGUCGCGGAGACAGAUGGGUUUUUGAGAGAGGACCUGAACUACCACGACCCCAAAGCCAAGCACAACAGUUUUCAUGGCGAUGACCAGUUCAUCAGCGUGGAGGAUCUGUGGCAUGCAUGGAAGAGCUCAAAAGUGUAUAACUGGACAGUGGAUGAAGUGGUGGAUUGGCUGGAAGCCUACGUGGAGCUGCAACAGUACGCGGAGGCUUUCCGCAAAAUGAACAUCAGCGGAACGUCCAUGCCUCGUCUGGCUGUGAAGAACUCCACUCUCACUGUGACCGUGCUGAAGAUUCUGGACCGCAGUCAUACUCAGAAACUUCAGCUAAAGGCCUUGGACACUGUUUUAUUUGGAGCCCCAAUGAUGAACAGCCACAACCAUUUAAAGGACUUCAUGCUGGUGGUGUCGAUAGUCAUUGGUAUGGGUGGCUGCUGGUUUGCGUAUAUCCAGAACCGCUACUCCAAAGACCACAUGAGGAAGAUGAUGCAAGACCUGGAAGGUUUACAGAGGGCUGAGCAGAGCCUUCAUGACCUCCAGCAAAAGCUGCGAAUCGCACAGGAGGAGCACCGCACGGUGGAGGUGGAGAAGGUAAACCUGGAGCAGAAACUCAGGGACGAGAUCAAUUCUGCCAAGCAGGAGGCUCAGCGGCUGCGGGAGCUUCGGGAGGGAACGGUGAAUGAGCUCAGCAGGCAGAAAUACGCCGAGGAAGAGCUGGAACAGGUACGCAUGGCCCUGAAGAAGGCUGAGAAAGAGCUGGAGUCGCGCAGCAGCUGGUCUCCGCCUGAAGCUCUGCAGAAAUGGCUGCAGCUCACACACGAGGUGGAGGUGCAGUACUACAACAUCAAGAAGCAGAACGCCGAGAAACAGCUGCAAGUCGCCAAAGAGGGGGCAGAGAAGAUCAAAAAGAAGAGGAACACACUGUUUGGGACGUUUCACGUGGCACACAGCUCCUCACUAGAUGAUGUGGACCACAAAAUCCUGGCAGCCAAGCAGGCCCUAGCAGAGGUAACCGCUGCCCUGCGAGAGCGUCUGCACCGAUGGCAUCAGAUCGAGAUGCUGGCAGGUUUCACAGUAGUGAAUAAUCCCGGUCUGCCCUCUUUAGCCUCCGCCCUCAACCUGGACCCCAGCUUCAUGGGAGGUCGUGCUACACCGCAGACCAUUAUGAUGUCCGAAGACAUGGACGACAUGGAUGAGGACAUCGUGGCACCUGGACCUCUGCAAUCUCCCAGUAUGAUGUCUCUUCGCCAAAGGCACAUUGACCCGCAGCUGGCCUUGGGCUCUCAGAGGUUGGUAGAGAGCAGCCACGUGGCCGGAGGGCAUCAGGGGGAGGGCAGUUCAUUCCCACCAUCCUGGCCCAGGCCGAACCUGCGCCAAUCUCACGGGCAGGUUGACAAGCUGGGCCUCUCUGUCUCGCACCCCUCCAUUUUCUGCGCCUCGUCUCCGCCCUACUCCUCGCCCUUCUCUUCCUCAUCCUUCUCAUCUUCUGCUCCUCAUUCCUCCUUCUAUCAUUCGUCUUUCCAGCCAAUGGACCCCAUUCCAGAUUCGCCCCCUUGCCGCAGUAGAAGCUUUGGGGAUUUGAAUCGGUCUGAUUCGGACUCGUCCCUGUCCGUAUCUCAGACCAGCGAACAGCUGCGCCUGUCGUUGAGCUCCAAGACACUUCCCAUGAAACCAACGUCUCUCCUCCAGGGUUCCUUCUCGCGCUCUGAGGAUUCGGCUCCUUUCCACACCCCCAACGGAGGAAACCGAGCCGUCGACUUGGGCGGAUCUCCCGACGCAACCCCAGACAGCCCCAUCCUGAUGAAAAAGAUCUAUGGCAUGGGGAAGUCAGCCAGCAUGAGCGAGAUCCACGGCUCCAUUUCGGAAUCUUCGCGCUCCUUAAGCCCGAACUCGACCGAGCCAGACAUGGCGUCUCCCACAGCGCUCUCCGGGAUAGCGGUGAUGAAGAGCGGGAACCGCAUCUCGCAGAUCCCAUUGAAGAAAAGCCCACUGGAGGAAGACAGCUGCUCCACAGGCGAAGACACUGACUCCACAAGCCGCAAGAAACACACUCCGUUCAAGAUCUUCAAGAAGCAAAAGAAGUAAUGAGGGUUUGGUUACAGACUGCUCAGAAAAAAAAUGCAUCUGUUCUCCGUUAUUACAAUGGAUGUCCCGAUUAUUUAUGUAGUGGCACACACACAUGCUUUGGUGAGGAUUUUGUAGGUACUUCUCACAGGGGACUUCAGGAGUUUUUAUUCCUCUCCUUCUUAGUCACUGUUUUUUUUUUGUUUUUGUUUGUUUUUUUUUUUCUUCUUCUUCAGAGGAUUUAACUCCGGGAUGUCGGCGGGACGUGGGAAUGUAAAGUUAUUUAUUCUACAGCAGGCAGUGCCACAUUGUUUCUCCCUGGAUGUUUUCCUCGUACACUUCUGAUCGGCUUGCAUGUCUUGGCUGAAAUUUCCGAAUGCUCUUAAAUGUUUGCUUGGUUCUUGUUUCCUGCCGCUUGAACACAAAUUAUCAGGUGUUCUGUUUCUGUUCCGUUUAGUGCUUCGUCCUGGAAAAUUAAUUAACGGACCGUGUGUGUCUGUGUGCGCGUGCGUGUGUGUGCGUAUGUGUGUGUUCAGUGCUAAUCAAAGGCCAGGGGAGCAAAAAAAAAGAAAAAAAGUAAAUAAAAUAAGAAAAGGGCUGAAUCAUAUUUGCGAAAUCCUCCUUAAAUCUGUUGCACUACUGCUAAACGAUGGCAGAUUGGUUUUGCAGUCGUGUAGUCGAGACGGAUAACAAAAGUGUAAAUGGUCUCAGAUCAUUCCAGCUCGUCAUAAAGGACCACACAUUUAGAUGCGAACAAACGCACCAUGACUCGUCAUUUUCUCCUCCGUGGAUUGACCGAGGUUUUGGAUCGUCACAGCUUUUUUAUUAUUAUUAUUAUAAUUUUUUUUUUUUUUUUUUUUUUUUUUUUUUUUUUUUUUUAAAUUGACAGUCUAAAUGGAUGUCGUAUCCAUGCCUUGUAGACUAGCCUGAAAUCUAUCCCCAAAGUGUCUUGUACUUUGACAGCAGCCACCUAACGGCAAAGAAGCUAACUUUAGUUUUAAAAAACAAACAAACUAUUGUCUAUUAGAUUUCCACCUGAUUUUUAAAAAGGUCAAAGUGCCAAACCAAAGAUGUAGUUAACACGUUGCGGAAAACUGCUCUGAUUAUCAGUUAGUUUAUCUCUAAUUUCGGUAGCACUUUGGUAGAGGUUUCGGUAGCACUUUGGUUAGAAACUUAUAAGGUGUUCAUAAGGCUAUGUAGAGCCUACGUAAGCCCUGAGACAACCGAGGUCUGAGGUCAUGGAGAUGAUUAUCGGCUGUUAUAAAGUGACAUGAUGAUGAUGAUGAUAAAUCUGACACAAUUAGAGAUUGAAUACGGUUAUGAAGUUGCCAAGAAACAUCGACUGUUGUAGCGUUGACACGAGUCCAUUUCAUAAUGAGUCCAUUUCAUAUCAAAUGAUGUAAACUGUUGAAAAAUGAAGAUAACAAAGUUGACAUGCGGUGCCAGUCAUUAUAACUGUCCGGGGUGUCGUCUGUUAUAAAGUUGUCAAUAAUGAGAGGUAAGCUGUUAUAAGCUUUGAUGUAAGGUGUUUCUGUACUUUACAUAAAGCUGACUUAACGUGGUACUGGCUGUUAUGAAAAUGACACACUGUAGAGAAGUUGACAUAACAAUAUGGUACAUGUGCUAUAAAUCUACAACGAGGUGCUGCCUCAUUUAGACAUGACAUAACACCAAAAACAAUUCAUAUACAUUCAUCUUGACAUAAACCUGUUAGGCCAUUUGUAACAUGCACAUGAUGUGUUAAGUGUGGUUAAGUGAAACUCACCUCUGCUUUGAUGUUUAUGGAGAAUAACACAAGACUACUUUUUUUUUUAAAUGCAUAAUUUCUUUCUUUUAACUACGGUUUUGAUCUUUUGACAUCACUGUCAGUUGUUAUAACAGUCGAAUGUCAGUCGCGAUGUCUGUCCAGUUCUGAAUCACUUGUUAUGAAGGGCUUAUGUAGGUUUUAUAUAUCUCUACGAACAUCCUUACGUCAAAUGAGCCCAAAGGUUUGUUUACAUUGGGGGAAAAAAGCUGAAAAUUUUGCUGAUGCGUUUUUUUUUAGAGGCAACUUCAGGAAGGAAAUGAUUUUGAUGCUCAGCACAGUUUUGACACGCAGAACAUCACUAUAUUUUUACAAACCACUGUAGUGUUAAAGUACACCAACCCAAACCAAAGCAAGCGCUGCAGGAAAACACCAUACUCCAGCUCCUCAGAUGUGGAAUUCUUGGUGGAUUUAUGUUCAUUUUGUUUUAUGUUUAAUGUGAAAGAUGGUACAGAUGAAUAAAGUCUACAAUAAUGUG